CUUUAGAUACAAGGGCAGAGCUGAAGCCAGGCAGACGAAUGAGCAAGAAACCACUCGGAGAGAUUAGCUAAGAAACUGGAGGUGGAGGCUACGACGACAUGCAGAAAGAGCCUAUGAGGAGGAAGAAACUGAGCGGGCACAGGAAAGAUAAAGAAAAAAAAGUUUAGGGAUGGCCUAUUUUUCUACAGCACUGAUCUGUGACUGAUGUGCUUGCUUCAGUUGAAUAUGAACUGUCUGGACUGAUGAAAGACUGUUAAGUCAGAAUCGGGGGGGAAAAAGUGGCAAGAGGCUUAAGCGUAGAUGAAAAGUUGGAGAACCAAGAUGGUGAAACUCCGAGCGUGAACUGGUGGUGAAUUUGCUCUGGUGUGUGACGUGUAACGACUGGCCUCUGGUUCGGCUCAGCACCCUGACAGGCGGAUCCCAUCACCUGCUGCGACGCUGCCAGUAUGGAUUCCACUGCACUUUUGACUGUGGUAUGUGUGGCAGUUGUUGUGCUCUUCAUCUUCCUGAUUGGUCUUUGCUUGAACUGCAACGGAAACAACCAACCAACAUACAUUAGACAACAACAUGAUCCACGCAACAGUUACGCACCCUCUCUCCCUUCUGACAGGAACUUUACAGUUGUGCGCUCCUACGCAGAGCCUCCUUCUUUCGCUAUCGUACCAGUUCAGCCACUUCAGCACCAGCUUAUCACUUCUCCAUCGAUGCCUGAUGCAAGACGGAUCUCAGAUCGUCCCUCCUCUGAUGGUGGAAGUCAAAGUGAUUACAUCAACCAAAAUGAGACACAUUAUGCAGCAAGCUAUGAGCAGUCUCCUGAAAAGACCCCGGACUAUCCGGACUAUCUGGACGUUUUACCAAACGACCAAAACGACCAGAACGACCAGCAUAAACUCGGCUCUUCGUUGAAUUCAGGCCAGAGUUACCAGAACAUUGAAAAAGAUGACAACGAUGAUGAUUCAGACAGUCAGCAUUAUAUAAAUGUCAACGAGGAUGGAAAACAUUCACUUGGAACUCCUGUUGGAUCAUUCGAUGGCUUCAGCAGUGACGACAAUGGCAGCUCUGAAUACGUAAACGCGCCGAACCUACAUAAGUAAGUCCACCUGCGCUGAUUAAAAACACCAAGACUUGAAGCACCAUCAGAUUAUACAGGAGGAUUUUUACACCAUAAAAUCAUAUCGAAUGGGAAACUUGAGCUUAACAUUUUGUCUCUACCACAUGUGGACAAAAAUGUUAGACGGAUGGACGAAAAGAUCUUAAGAAAUCAAUUCUGUAAGAAAAUUACAACUGCUGAAUUAUAUCUCACCGUAUUUUUUUUUUCCUGAAUCCUGUUGACAGGAUUUGCUGACAGUUCCUGAGAAUAUUAACUUUUACUCACUUAUAUUUUCUGACUUAAAACAUUACUUUUUUUAGGUUUGUUUUACUUUUUUUUUUAAUUAUAACUGCGAUUAAUCCAGUUGUUCUUUAGCUGUUGUAUGUAAAGUAAUGUAAUGCUCUGUAACAUUGUUGUCUGAUAACUGAAAUAAAUUAUGCACCACCAAAAA